CGCCUAUACCACAGAUCUGGGACCCCAGAUCAUCCAUGUCGAGUCCUAGCACAGUAACGCACUCCAAUCCAACAGUCGCCAAGCGCGGUGCCGGUUUGACCGUGAUGAUAGAUCAUGCAAAUCUUCAGGAGGAAGCAAGCAUGAGACAAUGGUCCUUCACUGCGUUUGAAUGGGUUGUCCGAGACGUGCAUAAAUUGAGAGACUUCGUGGAGAAUUCGGACACUACGGACACACCAGUAGAACCAGAUGAAGCCACUAACCUGGGUGAUUUUGAGAUAUUGAAAGAAUCCCCUGAACUAGGCGAUGGAAAAUUUAAGCUUGAGAUAGCCAGGACGCCUCUACCGGAGAGCUCGGAGGCCACAGUCACUCAAGGGGACAGAACGCCACUUCACAUACUGUCACUGUUCAUCACUUCACUCAUGGUCGAUUACGCGAACACAGGCUAUGAGAUGAGCACGACCAUGUUCGCUGCAAUAAAAUGUCAAGAUGACCGUGUGGGUGAAAGAGGCGCGCGAGCUGAGUGGGUGUGGGAGUAUUGGCACAAUGGCUGGGUAUUUCGACAAGAGAGUGAAGUAUGGGAAUGCCCUUUGCCACCGUUGUCAUCGCUUUUGGAAAAUUCCCGAAUCAAGGAAACAGACUCUUUCGUCAUUUGUGUCCAGAUGCACUCUCCUGUAGGGCCUUUCUUUCCACAGCAGCCAUCUGCAUAUUAUGUUCCUCGAGAUCUCCUAGACGGACUAGAAGCCUCUCUUGACAACCCCAAUACAGGUGACGUACAGUUUGUCUGUCUUGAGCGCCAAGUCCAUGAAGUAGAUCCUCCGCCAAACACGCCUAGCACUGCUGAUCCACCCUCUGGACCUCGAAUCAUCGCCCGCAAACGCGUGAUCUAUGCCCAUUCUGACAUUCUGACGCGUCGAUCUGAGUACUUUGCUACCAUGCUAAGCUCUGCCUUUGCCGAAAAUGGACAAGGUCACUUGUUCCCCAGUGAACGCAAGGUAUACACCAUCGUGGUAGAGGAAGCCGACUUUGUUACCAUGUACUGGCUGCUCAAGUUUGUUUAUGCAAACUGGCUCCUUUUCCGCAAGGACGACGAUCCGAGGGAGGCCGUCGACGGCAUUGGCGCAGGCUGGAGUGCCCGGGGUAUCAGCACGCCUGGUGCAGCCGACGAAUGGGAAUGGAAGACAUUCUCGAAGGGUAUGACUCUCGAGCCAUCAAGCUCAGGCGGUGUCAGUGAUGCCAGAAGCGUCACCAGCGCGGAGAGUGCUGUCUCCAAUGGGGGCAGCCCUAGGUCGAGGACCAAGUCUGGUCCUGGUCAGCCUGUGCCGGCAAUGCAGAGCACAAGCCAGAGGACUCCAUCCUCGUCCAAGGCGACCUCCGCAUCAUCUCGGCUGUCUGCAUCUCAAGCUCGCCGCUCUGGCCCGGCAUCGACCCCUAGUGGUCCUUCCACGCUGGCUUUACCGUCAACAAGUACAACGUCGCCGGCGACUUCGCGCUCAACAAAGGCCGUCCCCGUCCCUAUCUCGCCUCCUGCUGGUGCAUACACCUCACCCGGCCAUUAUCCUAUCUCUCCUCGGCAGCCGCGCCAACGCUCUCAUCCUCCGACAGUGUCCAGCACGGAUCCUCACGUUCAUCCUACACCUGCUCCUACACCCGCAUCAGCGCUGUCAAUGUACCAAAUUGCUCACCGCUAUGCCAUGCCCGGGCUUGCGUCGCUCGCGUUGGAGCACAUUCUGUCUACCAUCACGCCACAGUCGAGCUUCGCCGUGCUUCUCGCUACCUCUGCCUGGGAUGAGCUGCGUUCGCUGGUUGAGGACUACGUAGUAGAGAAAUGGGAUGAAGUCUCCGUAUCCGGAGAAUUUGAACGGUGUUGCCAGGAGGUAGCGAGCGGGGAAUGGGGCUCCGAAGGAGGAAAGACUCUAAUGGCUUUGUUUAGACGGCUGCGAUCCCCUAGCGUCGUCGUCUCCUGAGACGCAGGAGCUUCUUUCAGGUCUCCUGGAGAACACUUCGUCGUACUAUGUCCAUCUAUUGUUUUGGUUAUUACGGACUGUUUGCGUCACGGAUUUGAUAAUAUUGAAUUCGAUCGUC